CUCUGUGCAAAGCACGUCACGGGGAGAUUGACACCGCGGGGCCCCGCGCGCUCUGCCGCUGCCCGGGCUGCAGCCCCGCAGUGCGAGAGGCCGGGGGGAGCCAUGCAAAGCCCCGGGAUGGCGGGGCGCCGCGCCCUGCCCCUGCCCCUGCUCGCCCUCGGCCUGGCGCUGGCCGCCGCCGGCUCCGAGGCUCCCUCCGCCCCGCGGCUGGGGGACAUCGGCGCCUGCCAGAGGCGCUGCGGCCAGCCCCCAGGCGCAGCCCGGGAUGCUGCGCUCAAUGCCUGUUACCGAGGCUGCCGGCUGUUCUCCAUCUGUCACUUUGUGGAUGCAAGUGCCGAGCUGAACACAACCAGAGCCGAAUGUGAAUCAGCUUGUAUCGAAGCCUACAGCAGCGCCGAGGAGCAGUUCGGCUGCACGACUGGAUGCAGGAAGCAGCUGCCCGAGACGCAGAGCCAGAAAGACAAGAGUCUGGAGCUGCAGCCCGUGUCCUUCUCCAUGUUUGACUUGGUCUCCAGCUUCUGCAAUGACAUCGUCAGCUCUGCCCAGAGCUUCAUCUCCUCCACCUGGACCUUCUACCUGCAGGCAGACGAUGGCAAAGUGGUGGUAUUCCAGUCCCAGCCGGAGAUUGAGUACCCGGUGCCCGAGAUGCCAGCACCCAAGUCGGAGCUGAUGGAGAAGUCCUGGCCUGUCUCCAGUCCUAACACCCUGAAGCCCCACACGGGCCCCCAGGAAAAGCUGGAGAAACCCCCCAUGAAAGAGCCAAAGAGCAAAACCAAGCUCCAGCAUGAGGAGACCCAUCAGCCAGAACACGACUUCCUGGGCUGCAUGUCCAAGCGGGGGGUGGUGGGGUGCUACAGGCGCUCAGGCCUUCCUCGCUGGAUCCUGGCUGCCUGCCUCUUCCUCUCCAUCAUGGUGAUGCUGUGGCUGAGCUGUGCCAGCCUGGUGACUGCUCCGGACCAGCACGUCAAGACCCAGCCGCUGAGCAUUAAUGGCGAUAAGGAGGACCUGGAGGACCUGGAUGGCUCGGCCCCCUUUUCUCUGCACCCUGUGAUCGCUGUCACCAUCUGCCCAGCGGACGACAAUGAGGAGGCGGGGCCGCUGCCGGUCAAGGUGGAUCUGGACAAAACCGUGCUCUAGAGCCCCCCCUCCACCCCCUGCCGGCCUGUCAUCUCCAUGCCUUAUUUCCUGUGAACAUUUUAAUGCAACCCCCCCUUGUUAUGAUCUGCCUUCCCGUUUUCUGCUGUUUCAAACCCCCUCACUGCACUGUGUUUGAAGAUAACCAUCCUGGGCUGUGGGGGGGCCAUCCGUUCCCGGCUCCACCUCCAUCCAUUGUCCUUGUGAGCGGGAGGGGGAAUUGUUUUCCUCCCCCUGUUCAUAAUCCCAGCUCCAGCAGGGAGUGGUACUGAGGGAGAUCUAGUUGGGGGGGCGGUUUCUGGCUUUGUGUCUCCAGUGCUCCGGGAGGGAGCUUUGGUGAGAACAGCAUGGUCUGUGACCUUGGUUCAAUGGAGUCAGAUGACUGGUAGGAGCAAAGAGGGGAGCACAGGGGGGGUGGGGAGAGAGUGCACCCUGCCGUGGGGGUGGGGAGGGAGCGUGGGAGUUGGUGUGGCAGCGCCUGUCUGGAACAGGGAGCUGCGUGUGGUGGGGGACCCCUCAGGGUUCAGGGCAGAGCCCUCCCCUUGCAAGCCUCUGGGCAGCUGGUUUUGCAGCAGUGGAAAUGGGCAGGAAGCAGAUGGGGAGAGGAUGUGGCCGUGGGGUGGCUCCAGCUCUCGGUUCACCUUCCCUGGAGGCUGCAGGCAUUGGAGGCACCCUGCGGGGAGGAGAUUCCGGCCCCCGGGCAUGCAGUAAAUUGAUUCAGCCUCAGUGUCUGCUGCAAGGCGCUUUCGCUCAGGCAGACUCCGGAUGAGACGCGCUGCCCCCAUGUGAAGGGUUUGCACUGCUGCAGCUCUGCGCUGCCAAUUAGGGUAAAUCCGGCAGGUAGACAAGGCCCAAGGCUGACACCUAAGAGGCUGGGAGUAUCAGUGUUUCCCUGUCCCUGAGCCCAGGCACUCUCUGGGCCCAGGGCAAGUGUCAGGGAGCUGCCAUGACUCUUCUGCCAUGGACAUGGUUUCUGUCUGGUCCUUGCCAGCCCAUGCUUGGUGCAAGGAGAGCGGCUGGCUGCAGCAACCGCAAGCUGGCCAAGAGGAGCCUUGCUCUGAGCCAGAUGCCGAGGAAGUUCCCUCUGGGGCUGCUCUAGUAGUGGGUGGAGGGGGGACCCCGUGGGAAGCUGCUUGGAACCCCCUGCAGCCCGUUCACACCACACCUCCAGGUUCCCCAGUGGGGAUGCCGCUGCUGUGGAAGGGCCGGAUGGCAGGCCACUGUGCCAUGGCGUUGGAGCCAACUCAAGCCAUUUCCCAGCUUGGCACCUCGUCCCACUCCCAUCCCCCUAGCACCAGCUCCCACAGAGCUUCUGGGCAAUUCCUGAGCCACACCCCAGGGUUCCCCGACAAAGCCUCCCAAUUCACCCCCUUUUGCUGUAACUGCUCUAGAUGGUGAUUGUGCUCCUGUGGCCAGGCGAGGGGAGAGCCCAUCUCACGGACGUUCCAUAUCCCUUGACUUCACGUCUCAUUUCUUUACGGUUUUGUUGUGCUGGCAUGGGCUGCUGAGCCCAGGCAGUCUGCAUGGGCACUCGCGCUGAGAACACGUUUCUGCAGCAGCAGGAAAUCGGCUCAUCGGCCCAUUUGCCUAACGCUGUCUGUAUAGAUUAACUUAUUACCUUGGACUCCCUCGCCUUGGGUUUGAAAGCUGUAUAUCUGUUGACCUGUUACUUUGACGCUGCCUCGGUUUCACUGGAUCCUGUAGGUUGUUAUUGCAAAGAGACUCUUUCAUCCUUCCCCCCUUCUGAGUUCUGUAUCGUUCUGUAUCACUUUAAUGUGUGCAACAUAUCUGGUUUUUGGAGGGGGGGCAGUUUGGGGAGGGGGGAGGGGAUAUUUUGUGUACGUGCUGGGAUCCAUCCCACGAUUUUUCAUGAUAGCUUUUCGGCAGAUCAGCUCAGUGAGGUGGCGUUUGUGGUAUUGUCCUGACAGGUGCGUUCGAGCCAGCUGGGCCUCUCUGCCUUUUGUAAAAAGGAAAGGAGUACUUGUGGCACCAUAGAGACUAACAAAUUUAUUAGAGCAUAAGCUUUCGUGAGCUACAGCUCACUUCAUCAGAUGCGUGAGCUG